AGCGCUCGGCCCUGCUCGUGAGUCCGUCUCCCCUUAGUCCGGGCGAGCCUCUGAUCUUGGCCGCGACGGUGACUAGAGCCCCCAUGCUGCGGGGCUGGGGGUGGGAGCCUUCACCGGGGACGAGGGCCGUCCUCUGGCACAGACACCCUCUCCUUCCCGGGGGCCCUGACUCGAGGCUGACGCAGGACCCCCUCCUCCCUCCUUUCCGCGAACCCGUCGCGCCGCAGGCCUCAGCAGGGAACCAGACCCGGGACGGGACGCAGGGCCGGGAGCGACGGCAGAACGCCGGGAGCUGAGCCGUGCGGGGCAGCGCGAACCCGAAGGGAUGGGCAUGGGGGUGGGGAGGUUGGCAGUGACGUCAUAGGAUUAACCUCCCUGUGCCAGGCCAGGUGCUGCCCCCUCGGAGAGCCACAGUCUCGGAGCUGACGGACCUGGGGAGCGUGAGGCGGAGCCGAGCCUGGAGUCCCCAGCAACUAGUUCUAGGUUCGAGGCUUGGACAGGCCGGCACCCCAGCCCGGCACCCGCGGUGUAGUUGUCCGCGACGUCAACCCGUGGUGCCUAAGUGUCUAGAGAGCUGAGUGGGUUGCCUCGGAUCGGCCAGGCCUGGAUAUCAGCGAACAGAUGCGGAUUUCCACCAGGGGGCGCUAGGACGCCACGACCUUUCACUAUGUCCACCAGGGGGAGCUGCCGCCCGCCUUGGCCAUCCCCGGCUGGGAAGUCCGACUCUUGGAUUAAGCCCCGCCUGAUUGGGAAAGGCUCUGAGAAACUAUUUGCAUGAUCUUGAAAGGACCGUGCUGAAUGGUUGAGGAGUUGGAGAUGUGCACCUAAAGGAGGCGCAUCUGGGGACGGACGCAUCUGGCACUGAGGCCCUCGCCACCUGCCUCUCCACCUACCGAGGCCCUGGCGACCCUGACCCCACCACGCUGCCUUGAGAGUCGCUCAAAAGUAGGGCCCCAGGGCUCGCAGCAGCAUGGGCACCGAGAAAGAAAGCCCAGAGCCCGACUGCCAGAAACAGUUCCAGGCUGCAGUGAGCGUCAUCCAGAACCUGCCCAAGAACGGUUCUUACCGCCCCUCCUAUGAAGAGAUGCUGCGAUUCUACAGUUACUACAAGCAGGCCACCAUGGGGCCCUGCCUGGUCCCCCGGCCCGGGUUCUGGGACCCCAUUGGACGAUAUAAGUGGGACGCCUGGAACAGUCUGGGCAAGAUGAGUAGGGAAGAGGCCAUGUCUGCCUACAUCACUGAAAUGAAACUGGUGGCACAGAAGGUGAUCGACACAGUGCCCCUGGGUGAGGUGGCAGAGGACAUGUUUGCUUACUUCGAGCCCCUGUACCAGGUGAUCCCUGACAUGCCGAGGCCCCCAGAGACCUUCCUGAGAAGGGUCACAGGUUGGAAAGAGCAGGUUGUGAAUGGAGAUGUUGGGGCUGUUUCAGAGCCUCCCUGCCUCCCUAAGGAACCGGCACCCCCAAGCCCAGCUUCCCUCUGGGCAGUAGUAACUCUACCAACCCCUCCACAGAGUCCCAUUCACCCAGGGACCUGGACUCCGAGGUUUUCUGUGAUUCCCUGGAGCAGCUGGAGCCUGAGCUGCAGGUUUGGACAGAGCAGCGGGCAGCAUCUGGAGAAAAGCGUGAUCCCAGGAACAGCCCUGUGCCCCCCACAGAGAAAGAGGGGUUGCGGGGCAGCCCGCUGGGGCCCCAGGAGUUGGAUGUGUGGCUGCUGGGGACAGUUCGAGCACUACGAGAGAGCAUGCAGGAGGUGCAGGCGAGGGUGCAGAGCCUGGAGAGCAUACCCCGGCCCCCUGAGCAGGUCUUCAGGUCAUACCAACGGUCAUUGCUUUGUGGCCCAGAGAAGAUGGCAUGGAAGCCACUCCCUCUACCCGCAGCUCCUCCAGCCUCUCUUGAUACUGGGAUUGCCCUGGGGAGGAAGAUGUGGGAGGGAGUUGGCAUUCAACCUGUCAGGACCACUUGGGGGCCACUUCCCUUCUAGUGGUGCAGACUUAGGGGCAGGGUCUUUCCAAUCUUCCACUAAAUUGGAAGCAGGUUCCUGGGGAGGCUAUGCUGAAGCCUGGACUGGCCUCUGACUCCCUCCCUCUUGGCUGCAGAGGCCGCAGCCCAGGCCCAGUGCUCGGCCAUGGCCCCUUGGGCUCCCAGGGCCCGCGCUGCUCUUCUUCCUCCUGUGGCCCUUCGUCGUCCAGUGGCUCUUCCGAAUGUUUCGGACCCAAAAGAGGUGACUGUCAGUGGAGGGGUCUCUGCAGCCAACUGAGACUAUCUUGCUGUGCCCUGAGCCUUCCUAGGGUUUAGAAGAACAGCAUUCAAAAUUCCCCCUCCUGGCAGUGUUUGCCUUCGCACCUCCUCUCCUAAAGCAAAGCGGGGGGCAAAUAAGACCCCACCCCUCCCUGCAGCUUCACAGGGACGCUUCCCUCCUCGAAACCACCCCAGGCUCCCCUGGGAGGCUGCAGUUGUGGUACAUGUCCUCGGUGCUGGGUUGGCCGUGACUCGGGGGCGGGGCUAUCGGGUCUCAGCCCCUGCCCUCCCCACUCUCUGGGUCACCUGACUCUUCCCACCCCUGCUUCUCCCCGAGGAGGUUCAGCUCUUGAGCAAGUUGGGACUUGGGCCGGGGCCUGGAAGAAUGAUUGGCUGGGAGGCUGCGGGAGGGAGGCCAGGAGGCCCGGACCAGCUGGGAGGAGUGAGCAGGCCCCGGUGGAGGGGGAUGAGCGCAGUUUGCUCGCUGUCCUCCACUGCCGGCCCCCUCCGCCCCCACACACACUCAGGACGUCUUCAUUGAAGAUUCACUUACAAACGAAUGUUUCACUAAAUAAAAGAAAACCAUAAUCUUC